GCCUCCAUCUCCGCCCCCGGCCCCCCUCCGCGCUCCCGCCGGGCAGGCGGCGCUCGGGCCCCCGCCGCGCCCCCCCGGGGGGAGCCCUGGCCCCGCGGGCCGGGGGAUGGAGCUGGGGCGCGCGGGGAGGAGGCGGCUGCUCCCCGCGGGCCACUGAGCGGCCAUGAAGACCCUCAUCGCCGCCUACUCCGGGGUCCUUCGCGGCACUGGCUCUAGCAUACUCUCUGCACUACAGGACCUAUUCUCCAUCCCCUGGCUAAAUAAAUCUAAGGUUGAGAAACAGCUUCAGGUCAUCUCUGUGCUACAAUGGGUCCUUUCCUUCCUUGUCUUGGGAAUUACAUGCAGCCUCAUCUUCAUGUACAUUUUCUGCACAGACUGUUGGCUGAUUUCGGUACUGUAUUUCACAUGGCUGAUCUUUGAUUGGAACACCCCAAAGAAAGGUGGUCGGAGAUCAAAGUGGGUGAGAAAUUGGGCAGUGUGGCGGUAUUUCCGAGAUUAUUUUCCCAUCCGGCUGGUGAAGACUCACAACUUGCUAACAACCCGGAAUUACAUCUUUGGUUAUCACCCACAUGGUAUCAUGGGCCUGGGCGCCUUCUGCAACUUCAGCACUGAGGCCACAGAGGUUGGAAAGAAAUUUCCUGGCAUCCGGCCUUAUCUGGCAACUUUAGCUGGGAACUUCAGAGUCCCUGUGUUAAGAGAAUACUUAAUGUCUGGAGGUAUCUGCCCUGUCAAUCGUGACACCAUAGACUAUCUGCUUUCCAAGAAUGGGAGUGGCAAUGCUAUCAUCAUCGUGGUGGGGGGUGCUGCCGAGUCCUUGAAUUCCACACCAGGAAAGAAUGCUGUCACUCUGAAGAACCGGAAGGGCUUUGUGAAGCUAGCCCUGAGGCAUGGAGCUGACUUGGUUCCCAUCUAUUCCUUUGGAGAGAAUGAAGUUUACAAGCAAAUAAUCUUUGAAGAAGGUUCUUGGGGCCGAUGGGUCCAGAAGAAGUUCCAGAAAUACAUUGGCUUUGCUCCCUGCCUUUUCCACGGUCGGGGCUUCUUCUCCUCCAACACAUGGGGCCUAGUACCGUACUCUAAGCCUAUCACCACAGUUGUGGGUGAACCCAUCACUAUCCCCAAACUAGAGCACCCAAGCCAGAAGGACAUCGACCUAUAUCAUGGCAUGUACAUGGAGUCCCUGGUGAAACUUUUUGACAAGCACAAAACUAAGUUUGGUCUUCCUGAGACAGAAGUUCUGGAAGUGAACUGAGUGGACUAGGCUGGUGGCAGGCAGCCAGUGGCCUCCCCUUUGGGGGAAGAGUCAGCCUCAAAUCAUUUUUCUACCAAGUUCUCAAGUGCUUUUUGUUCUGUAAAUUUGGAAGCCUCAUGGGUGUCUGUGGGUUAUUUAAAAAAAAUUAUAAUAACAAAAUAAUAAUUUUGUUAAAAUAUUACAAUCUUAGGUCUUUUUUAAGGAGAAAAGUGAAUGUAUCCAAACUCUCUUGCUGCUUCUAGUCCAUCCCACUCUGAAGAGCUGAAUUUUUUCCUGGUUUCUCCCUGUAUUUCUCAACCUGAUCCUUCCUUCCAUCAUCAAAAACAAAAAAAAAAAAAAAAAAAAAAA